GCCUCUCUCGCCUCUUCAAUGCUCACAGCACAGAAUGCCCCUGAGGCUACUGCUGACAGAGACAACAAGACAGAGCAGCAAGGAAGGGGGUGGGCCAGAAAUCAGACACUUGGAUGAAGCAAGGCUGACUUGCUUUUGCACUGUCACACUCAGAGAGAGCUGCAUGGUGUCUUCAGGUGCUCUACAAUCCCUGGACAAUCUGUGGGACUGAGAACAAAGAAGGCUAAUUUAAAGGAUACUUCAAGACUUGUUGGGGAAGAAUUUGGGAUUGCUUUUGGACAAAGACAUUUGUUUUUCCUCAGUGGGAUAUACUAGGAGUGGAUUCUAACAGGACUACACCUUUUGGUUGUUUUGGAUGGUAUUUCUGAAGUCGAACCAGAGGAAAGGACUGUGUGAACAAACUUUGGAGUGAGUAGCUUCUAAGCUUGGGGGAACAAUCUUGUGGGGUGGCUAGGGAAAGGACAGGAGGAAGGGGGAGGGGAAGAAGUAGUCGAGGUCUGGCUCCAGUCUCUGUGGUGAAAUGCCUUCAACAUGAGGCUUUGUUGAAGAAUGCCGCAGAGGAGUGUUUGAUCGCUUCAGUUUUGACCUGCCAAAAAAAAAAAAAAAAAAAAAAAAAUUAAAGAGAUCUAUGUGCCCUUAAAAAGAAAGACCAUCUUGUGGUUGGAAGCAAUCUGUCUGGUGCACAUGCUUUGUUUUGCCCUUUCAAAUUGUGGAUUGAGGAAAGUCAUUUUAUUGUGUAGUCUCACCUAACACCCCAUAGUGCGCCUUUGUUUCUCGCUGAGAUGUACAACACCACUGUUCAAAUGGAGACUUUGACCCAGAUAUGGGCUGGCAGUUCCAGCAACAAAAAUUCCUCUCUGCAGCUACACAACAUCACCCACUGCCCAAAGAAUGACAACUUCAAAUAUCCUCUCUACAGCAUAGUGUUUAGCAUUGUCUUCAUGGUGGGACUUAUCACCAAUGUUGCAGCAAUGUACAUUUUUACUUGUACGCUGAAACUGCGGAAUGAGACCACCACUUAUAUGAUGAAUCUUGUGGUUUCUGACUUAUUAUUUGUGCUCACACUCCCUUUGAGGGUCUUUUACUUCAUCCAGCAGAACUGGCCAUUUGGCAGCCUGCUCUGCCAGCUCUCUGUCUCACUCUUUUACACCAACAUGUAUGGGAGCAUCCUGUUCCUAACAUGCAUCAGUGUGGACCGCUUCCUCGCCAUAGUACACCCCUUCCGUUCAAGGGGUCUGCGGACCAAACGCAAUGCCAAAAUUGUAUGUGCUGCUGUUUGGGUUCUGGUGCUUUCUGGAAGUCUUCCAACAGGCUUCAUGCUGAACAGUACUAACAAGCAAAAAAACAACACAAUAGCCUGCUUUGAGAACUUCUCCUCAAAUCAGUGGAAGAGCCAUCUCUCAAAGGUGGUGAUCUUCAUAGAGACAGUGGGGUUCCUUAUUCCUUUGAUACUGAACGUGGUUUGCUCCGCUAUGGUGCUCCAAACUUUGAGGAGGCCACAGACUGUUAGUCAGGGAGGGAAGCUGAACAAGAAAAAGAUCUUGAGGAUGAUCAUCGUCCACCUCUCCAUCUUCUGCUUUUGUUUCAUCCCCUACAACGUCAACCUUGUCUUCUACUCACUGGUGCGGACAAAAAUCUUGGAGGGCUGUGCAGCAGAAUCAGUGGUUCGGACGAUCUAUCCGAUCGCUCUGUGUAUUGCUGUGUCCAACUGCUGUUUUGACCCCAUCGUCUACUAUUUCACCUCAGAGACAAUACAAAACUCCAUUAAGAGGAAGUCUCAGAUGAACCGUUCCUUUGAUGUCAAGUUCUCUGAGGCUUUACAGUCAGAGACGACUAGCUCUUAUCUUCAGUUCAGCCUGAGGUCCAUAAAGAACAAGAUGUUCCACAAUGAGUCUAAUGUAUAAGGACAAGUUUUGGACAAAUGGAUGUAAAGAAACUGAAUGCACAAAAAGUACUCUGCAGUGGAUGAAAUGUGGCAUAAAACAUGCUAAUAUGCCCUAAUUUGGUUUGUAAAUAUCUCUCAGGGAAGUAAGUAAACUACGCCCUUUUGGAGGGAUUUAGAGCAAUGAGGGGAUACACCUGUUCUCAAUGGAAUUAUAUCCAAACAUUUGGAAUACUUAACUGUGGAGUAAGAAUAAUACAAAUAUGCUGUAAAUCAGCUGGAACUUGAUUAAACUAGACAAGAACCUCUAACUAUAUGUGAAUGUACUUACAUUUCCAGAAUGGCAAGUGAAUGUGAAAAUAACAUACAUAACCACUAUUUAAUUAAACCUACAAACAAAAUAGAAUGAUAUAACAUUUUAUGCAAUGCCACAUGUAAACACAUUGACUGCCUGAAGUGUCAUAAUAUUAAAAAAGCUGAAAACUUUUGUUGGCACUUAUAUAAUACUGUAUAUUAACUUUGCACUGACAUUGACACUGUCAUAAUGCAGUUUUUUUUUCUGUUACAAACUUCAUUUGAUAAUAAAGUUUUACAAUUGUAUGUAGAGGUGUUUAUUUACAAUAGAUUAUUAUCAGUUUUUCUCCCUGUGUAAUGUCCUUUAAAAAAGUACAAUAUAGUCUGCAAUAUUGCAGUUGCAAAGUUUAAAUGUCAUAUUUAAAUAUUCAGCAGUUACUGUUUAAACUGAUACUAUCUAUAUGCCUCUGUAA